UGUGUGAGUGUGUGCAUCUGUACGUGUGUGCAUCUGUACGUGUGUGUUUGUGUGUGUGUGUGUGUGUGUGUGUGUGUGUGUGUGUGUGUGUGUGUGUGUGUGUGUGUGUGUGUGUGUGUGUGUGUGUGUGUGUGUGUGUGUGUGUGUGUGUGUGUGUGUAAAACUGUAAAAGACUAAUGAUAAUGGGUAAAUAAUGGCCUUAUUACAAGACACCCUGUCAGUGCCAAGAGGGACACCAGAUUGUAGAUUGUUAAAUUGAUAACAUAUGGAAGUCACAAUGCUUAACAUAUUUCCGGUUCCCAGACACACACACUCAGUGAAUUGGCCUGCAUACGCUAUUCCACUGGGGCCCUCGCUGCCGGCUCCUCCACUCUCUCCCUGCUCCCCUGCUCCUUCCUUCCUUCCCUCUCAUUCUUAGUCCUCCUCAUUCUACCUCUGCGAAGAACAAGGCGCGUUAUUCACUGUCUCCUGCCAGCGAUGGGGGAUAACUGAAUCUCUUCUUGGUGCGAGGGCAGGUGGGUGGGUUAUCCUUCAAUGUGGGCCAGGAUGGAGUGGCCAUCCCUGGUCUGUCCCGGCAGUCACUCCCCUGGAGGGAGGAAGAGGAGGAGGAGGAGAUGGACGGAUAGCCGGGAGAAAAUGAAGAAAGUUUACAUGGGGAGAGUUUGUAGGGAACGUUGAGACGCUAGCUUGCACCGACCUGGGGAUCUCGAAGGGCAGUGUGUGGAGCGAUGGGCGAGUUUUUCCUUUCCUUUUUUCUUUUCUCUCUCUCUCUAUCUGUCAGAAGAAAUCCUUUUCUAUCUGAGACUUUCUAGUUACUUUAUUAGCCUGUACCAAGCUUUUGUUCGGAGAUUCGGGAUUUCCUUGAAGUGUCCACUUUUUUUUUAUAUAGAUUUAUUUGUAAAUUUUUUGGAACCAACUUCAUGAGUGAGGUGGCGGAGGGAACGCUUGCGUCGCUGUUCUGAGGAGCAUCUUCUGUGAGGCCAAGGAGAACAAUGGGAAGAGACAGAAGCGUCUCCAGACACUUUCGGAUCUUCAUUCCCAAGAAGCACCGGGAGCGCUUCGACGACGUGGUGUCCCAGAGUUUGAUGAGCCGCAUCAAGGGGCGGAGCUUCAGCGACCCCAGCCGCAACCGCCUUCGCCGCAGCCGCAGCGAAGACCACCCGGAGCGCCUGCUGGUGUCCACGCGUGCCAGCUCUGUGCCGCGCACACACGCCGAGGAAGGAGUCAUGCCCACCCGCGGCAUGCGGAAGACCACCUCGCUCAUCGCCGGGCAUUCCGCCGGGGGCCCCAUGGCAACCACCAGCUGCAGGACAGUGAGGGUGUGCAAGGGCAACAUGAGCUUUGGCUUUACACUCCGAGGCCAUGCUCCUGUCUGGAUUGACUCAGUCAUCCCCGGCAGCCCAGCUGACAAGGCGGGUCUCAAACCGGGGGACCGCAUUCUGUUUCUGAACGGACUGGACAUGAGGACGUGUUCCCACGAGAAGGUGGUGUCCAUGCUGCAGGGCAGUGGGGCCAUGCCUUCGCUGGUAGUGGAGGACGGCCCGGCCUCCUUCUCCCUGGUAGAGCAGCAGGAGCUGGUGGGAGGAGGAGGAGGAAUCAGCGGAGGGGGUCCACCCAUGGAGGGCUCCCGCUCCCCGGUGUUGAGCUCCCUGCAGUGGGUUGCUGACAUUCUGCCUCCCAGCAUCAGGGUCCACGGCCGUACCUUUGGCCAGCAGUUGGAGCACCUGCUGACCAUCCAGGAGAGGUACACUAUCUGCAAGGCCCUGGAGAACUUCUUCCAGCACAGCAGGAACGUUGACACUUUGAUCGUGGAUGUGUUCCCGGUGUUGGACACCCCGGCCAAACAGGUGAUCUGGCAGUUCAUCUAUCAGCUGCUCACCUAUGAGGAGCAGGAGCACUGCCAGAGCAAGAUCACGCGCUUCCUCGGGUUCAAAGCCUCCGCAGUCCCCCCUCCACCGCCACCACCCCCCCCUCCCCUAGAGCAUGAUGGGGCCCCUGAGCCCCACCGGCGGAGCAGCUCCAUGAGGGUGACCGGCACCACGUAUCGUAGCAGCGUCAGGGGCCGCAGCUCUGACGACCUGGUCAUAGGCACCCAUCUGGGGAUGGGUUACCGUGGAGAGCCAGUGCUGGAGACGGGGAUGAGGCUGGCUCCGGGGGAGAGACAGUCAGGGGACGGCACCUCCCUGCCUGAGACCCCCAACAACCUCACCAAUCUGUCAGCAGUGUACGCAGAGCUGGAGAACAUGUAUUCGUCCAAGAGGUCCAAGUCCCUGAAGAACCGCCCUCCCCCAGCCCAGGACAGCCUCCUCGAGGUGGAGCCCAUCUCGCGCACCUCCUCCCCCACCAUGCUCGCCAGCACAGGCGGUCGCAAGGGACCCCCACCGCCGCCCACAUCAUGGCCAGAACCAAUGGCCAGUCCCCCGGAUGCCCCGUUCUACAGCUCCGGGAUGCCCACCCAGAUCAGUGCUGAGUCGAACCCUUACGUAAGCCUGGACAGCCCCCCGCCCUCGCCGCCCAACCCCCCAGACUACCCCCCAAGCCCUGUGGGGCAUCGCAGCAGCAAGCGGCGCUACACCUUCUCCAAGCCGCCCCGGUCAGAAGACACCGAUCGCUUCCUGGACGCCCUCAGUGAGCAGCUGGGACAGAGGGUGGCCAUCGUCGACGAUUUCCUGAGUCCUGAGAAUGACUACGAAGAGGAUGUUGUCCAGAUGAGCUUUCCAGACGAAGAGGACGAAGAGGACGAUGAAGAUGACCUGGGCGAGGACGACGAGGAGAACGGGGGCUUCGUGGCCCCGGAGCUCAGCAGCCCGAGUGACGUGCAGAGCAGCAGUGCAGAGGAGGAAAACGCCUCCUCCCUCACCUAUUCAUCCUCCUCCGACCACAUCCCGCCUCCGCCCAUGACUCCUCCCCCCCCGCCGCCCAUCCAGUUCAAUGACACACCACCUCCGGCGCCUCCCUCUGCCCCGACCGCAGCCCAGCCACCUCCUCCGCCUCCUCCCCCUCCUCCUCCGCAGCAGCUACUGGUCUACAGCCCCGAGCACUCCCCCAGAGCCUAUGUGCCCAUGCGCCGCAAGUCUGGACCCCCUCCUCCACCUCCCCCCAGGAGCAAUCUGCCGCCCAAGCGGCAGUCCCUUCACAAAGUCCUGCCCGCCAGAGAAGACGUACAGGUCCGUGCUACGAUACAGGAGCUCAAGGCCUUCCAGGAACAGCAGGCCUACCGGGAGAGACAGGUCUACGAGGAGCAGCAAGCGACCCAGGAGCGAGAGGCCUACAAGGAACAGAAAGCCUAUGAAGAGCAACAACUGUACCAGGAACAGCAGGCCUACCAGGAGAGGCAGGCCUACCAGGAGAGACAAGCUUACAAAGAGAGACAGGCCUACGAAGAGCAAAAGGCUUACGAGGAGCAAAAGGCCUACGAAGAGCAAAAGGCUUACGAGGAGCAAAAGGCCUAUGAGGAGCAGAAGGCCUACGAAGAGCAGAAGGCCUACGAAGAGCAGAAAGUCUAUGAAGAGCAACAGGCCUAUGAGGAGCAGAAGGCCUAUGAUGAACAGAGGGCUUACGAAGAGCAGAAAGCCCUCCAAGCCAAACAGAUCUAUCAGGAGCUCCAAGAACGACAGGCGUACGAGGAGCAGAAGGCCUACCAGGAGCAGAAAGCUUUCAAGGAGCGCCAGGCCUACCAUGAGCAGCAAGCCUACCAACAAGAGCAGCAGCAACUGCAACAAAUCUAUCAGAGCCACCAGUCGCUCCCCGCCCAGCAUUCACCCCACUCGCCACAUCCCCUCCAGCAGCUUCACCAAUCCCUGCCCCCUCUUCCUUCUCCCGACUCCAACCGAACGCGCACUAAUCACCCUCUGUACCAGAUGCAGCAAGCACAGCAGCAGCAGCAGCAGCAGCAGCAGCAGCAACAGCACCAGCAGCAGCAGCAGCAGCAGCAAGCCCAGCAGGGCCACCCCCACCGGCGCCAUUCCCGGUCAGCGCCAUCACCCCACCAGCCCUCAUCCCAACAAACGGCCCACCCAGGUCAACAGGGUCACUACAUCGAAGGCGUCUACCAAAGCCGCAAAAGUCUAAAGGCCCAGGCUCACCAUGCGUCGGCUGAGAUGCUCAACCAGAUGCACCAAGCCCAGGCUCAAGCCCUCCACUCGUCCGCCGAAAUGAUCCACCACAUGCAGCAGGCGCAAACCCGCCACGCCUCCAAUGAGAUGCUGAACCAAAUGCACAAGGCCCAGGCCCACCACUCUUCGUCGGAGUUCCUGCACCACCAAGCCCACCAGAUGCACCACGAGCAGCCUCACCACACAUCCACGGAGCUCCUCAGCCAGGUUCACCGACUGAGUCAGAGGCAGCCGCACCAUUCCUCCAGCGAGCUGCUUCAUCAGAUGCACAAAGUCCAAGCACAUCAUUCCUCUACAGAGCUGCUCCACCAGGCCCAUCAGAUGCAGCAAGCCAAGCCCCACCACUCCUCUGCUGAGCUGCUGCACCAAACCCAGCAAGACCCCGCCUCCCUGCCGGUCCAGUUCACCCGAGAGAGCUCGUCUCACCAGAGCCGAAGGAGCCUAAAGGGGCACCAUCAGGUCCAGGCGUCGCCCCAAGGCAGACACCCAGAGCACCAGAUCCAUCACCCGCAGCCCAACAAACCCUCUCCCCAGAGACCCCACUCCAUCCAGCAGACCCACCACCCCCAUUCCCCUUCCCCUCAGAUCCACCACAUCCAUCACAUGACCCCUCAGCCCCCUCCACAGGACUACCAGCCCCAGAUCCACCUGAUCCACCCCCCACAAGGUCAGCCGGCCCACAGGCCCCAGCCUCUCCUCUCCACCUUCCAGCCGCUACAGCCUCACCAGACCACACCCUCUACCUUCCAGGCCUUGCCCCAGCACCCUCAACCCCACCAGGCCCAACCUCCAGGCCAAGCUACCCGCCCGCAGUCCCAGCCCUCCCACCACCUGCUCCAGUGUCAGCCCCCAUUGCAGCCCCACCACAAGCAGUCCCAGGGCCAGGUCCAGCCGCAAUCCCUGCCACACUCUCUGUCGGACCCUCCGAAACACCCGGAGCCUCCACUGCCGCCGCCUCCUCUGCCUCCCCCCUGCUCACCUCCCCCCCUGCCCAGGCCUCCCCUGUCCAGGAUGGACUCUCAUCACAUGAGCGUGAAGAGGCUGCGCUGGGAGCAGGUGGAGAACUCAGAGGGCACUAUCUGGGGAGAGUUUGGGGCCAAUUCGGACUACGACAAGCUGAAUGACAUGGUGAAAUACCUGGAUUUAGAAUUGCAUUUUGGGACUCAAAAGAGCCAAGGUUCGUGCCACUUGUCGGUUCCAGAGCCAUUGCUUCAACCAGAGACGUUCAAAAAGAAAGACGUUAUUGAAAUCCUCUCCCAUAAAAAAGCCCACAACGCCUCCAUCCUUAUAGCUCACCUGAAGCUGUCGCCGGGGGAGCUUCGUACGGUGCUCAUGACCAUGGCCUCUGACAGGCUGGAGUCGGCGCACAUCAAGCAGCUGCUGCUGUACGCCCCAGACGCCGGGGAGGUGAAGCAGUACGAGCAAUACCGCCAGGACCCCAGCAAGCUCAGUGAGCCUGACCAGUUCGUAUUGCAGAUGUUGUUGGUUCCCGAGUAUAAGACGCGUCUCCAGAGCCUCCACUUCAAGUGUUCCCUGCAGGAGAAGACGGAUGAGCUUCGAGGAGGCUUUGACUGUAUCUACAAGGCCUCGCUGGAGCUCAAGACUAGCAAGAAGCUGGCCAAGAUACUGGAGUUUGUGUUGGCAAUGGGCAACUACUUGAACAAUGGUCAACCAAAGACCAACAAGACCACAGGCUUCAAGAUCAACUUCCUCACAGAGCUUAGCACCACCAAAACAGUUGAUGGGAAGUCAACAUUUCUGCACAUCCUGGUCAGGUCUCUGUGCCAACAUUUUCCUGACGUGCUGGACUUCUCCAAAGACCUAACCAUGAUUCCACUGGCAGCCAAAGUGAACCAGAGGGCAAUCACGUCGGAUAUGAACGACCUCCACACGACCAUACAGGAGACCAGAGCCGCCUGCCAGAAGAUGCCUGCUACUUCUGAGGACCGCUUUGCCGUCGUCAUGAGUAACUUCCUGGAGAACAGCCACCCGGCCAUCCAGUCCCUGGAGUCUCUGCAGCAGAGGUCCAUGGAGGAGUUCGCCCGCACCUCCUCCUACUUUGGGGAGGACAGCAAGGCCACCAACACAGAGGUCUUCUUUGGCAUCUUCAGCGAGUUCCUGAGCAAGUUUGAGAGAGCUUUAAGUGAUCAACAGGCCGGGGAAAUCCCCAAGAGUCCAAGAAGUCCACGGAUGGCCUCGCCGUUGGCCUGUGUUUUUCCUUCAAAACAAAGCCUUGGUUGAAGACGAUUUGCUAACUAGAGUAUAAGAUACCUAAAAAGGUAUCUUGUUUUAUUAUGUGACUGUGUCUGUAUUUUUAUACAGUGUCAAUCAUUUUUUUCUGUCUUUGCUUUGCCACCAAAACAUUUGGGGAUUGACCUUCUAUUUGGUAAUGCAAACAUUGUCAAAGAAAUUCAUGAACAUCUAUUACAUAGAGAUAUGAAGUAUAGUCGUUUAUGUGAAAUUAGUCAAAAAAUGUAUCAAUUAAUAUUUAUUAAUAAAUUAUUAA